UUUCCUAACAGAAAUAAGCAGACGGAAGCAUUUCAAAAAAUGCUAAAUUCUGUAUAUUUUGUUGUUAUUGCUUGGAUUCAAAAUGACACUGGUUACAUUAAACUAAUUAAUAUAACCUAAAGUCUUCAUAUUUCUAAAAUUUCAUAUGAUGGUAUCUUAAAAAUUAUAAUUUUCUCUCUUCGUUAGAUAGUUUUAAUUUUGUUAAAAUGUUUGUUUCACAGAAAUCUGAGUCUGAUCCAAAUAAGAUGCUGAAUCAAGCUGCUCUUGAAGCAAUGCAUUCAGCUGUAUACAUAGAGGAUUAUCUUGAUUUUGUGGAAAAUAUUCCUGAUGACAUUCAAAGAAACUUAACGCAGUUACGAGAGCUUGAUUUAAAAUACCAAGAAAUUCUUCAAGAUCUGGAUAAUUUCCAAAAUACACUGACAAGAGAUUUAGAUCCUAUCAGCAGAAAGAGAACUUUACUUCAAGUUCAGAGAGCUCUUAUUCAAACUCAAGAUUUAGGAGAUAAGAAACUACAAAUUGUUCAAGUAAUCCAAGAUAUAAUUGACAACAAAGGGAGACAAUUAGAAAUAGAUCGCAUGAAAUUAGAUUUGGGACGAGAAAAUGAAGCUCAGAACGACAAUACAAAGAAUGAACCUCCAGAAAGGCCGACCAAAAGAUCUCGUCGACAACGUCACACCGAUUUAUCGUUACGUGAUGAUUCUAUACAUGAGCGUCAAGAGAAAGAAGUUGCUCCUGCUCCCAGUACAAGUAAAACCAAGAAAAAGAAGAAGAGAAAAACAAAAGUUGAAAAAGAGCCUGAAGCCCCCACUUUAGAGCCUCCAAUAGAUCCUGAUGAGCCUACUUAUUGCCUGUGUGAUCAAGUGUCAUAUGGUGAAAUGAUAGGGUGUGACAAUGAGGACUGUGAAAGAGAAUGGUUUCAUUUCUCGUGUGUUGGAUUAACAACAAAACCCAAGGGGAAAUGGUAUUGUCCUACUUGUCGAGGUGACAGAAGCAAUCAAAUGAAACCAAAAAACUUAUAAUUUGUUGUUCAUAUUUUCUUUUAAUUUUAUUGUAUUAUUUUUACAAAUUAAAGGAAAAUUUCUCUAAUAUUUUUCAAUUUUCAGGAUCAAAGUUCAAUAUUAUGUUAUCAUUCAAAAUUAAAUAAUAUUUUUUUCAAUUACGAUCACUGAUAAUGUAUAUGAAGUACUAAAAGUAUUGCAUAAUAUUAUAUGUUCAUUAUUGAAAAGAAUAAAAUUAAUGAAUAAUUUUUAAAAUGCUUAAAUUUCACUACAUAUCUGAAGUAUUUUUUUGUUAUUUACAAGUUUAGCAAUCGGUUAAAAUUAUGUUAGCUAUUAAAAAAAAAUUUCUUUUAUGUUAAAUUUUUCACUUGUAUAAAAUUCUUUUUUAAAAUAAUUUGUUCAGAAAUGACUUUUGCAUAUAUUUUAACGUGAUUUAUUUAUGCUUUUAUUGACAUAUUUAAAAGCGCCUCAUAGUUCUUGCCACUAUAGAGAGUCAAGUGUUAAUUAUUUUUUUCCUUUUAGGUGCUUAAUAUUAUCUUUGUUAUUCUGUUCUAUCAGUUGUACCUGCUGUAAGCAAAAGGUUAAGUCAUAAUAAGCAUUAUUAAAAAGAGACCUUCAACACAGGUGGUUGAAAAUACUGUUUUUUAAAUACACUUUUUGUUAAUUGUCUUAUAAUUUUCAGUAGUCAAAUUUAAAAAGCCAAAGUGCAUACAAAUUAUUUACAAAAAUUAAAAUGAAAAAGUUCAGACAUUGUAUAUUAAAGAAGCGUUAAAAAUAACUUACGAUGCCAGUUAGUUUAUAAUAUAUGUUUUAAGUGCUAAGUUCGCAGGUGAUGUGAUUAUGAAGAUUUAAUCUGUGACCGCAAAAAUAAAUUUUUUGAUCGAUAUAUUUUUGUUUAAAAAAAAAGUAUUUUAUAUGACUUUUAAUUUGACAUAUGUUUCAUCUUAAAGAUGAGCUUCUAAGCUGAAAGCAAAAAUUAUAAGUUAUUUAACCAUAUGGAAUAAUUUGCUAACUAGCAUGGAAUUAUGCAUCAUCUAAUCUUUUUUUUAGAUUUUAUGUUUCUAUAAUGAAAGAAAUCUUGUAAGAAUUUAUAUAUACUUUUCUGUUGUUUUUAUGUAAAGUUAUUGCUGAUAUGUCUUUGACAAAAUAAAAGUUAUUGAAACUUUUAAAUGAAAA